CAAACUGUAGAUAGUGAAGAGCGGAUUCUUUUGGUUCAAUUUCCCUAUUUUGUUCUAUAUUCAUCCUCAAUUUGGAUUGGGCGGAGGAACGUUGUGUAUCGUUCUCCAUUGGAUGAAUCGUACGUGUCGCUCUUUAGGUCUCCAUUGAUGAUUCUCGAAUUCCAAUCCAAGUUUUCUCCUCCUCCUUUCUGGAUUUCAAUUGCUAGAUUUCCAUUUCCAUAAUCCCAUUUCCCAGAUCAAAAAACAAUCGCUCUUCCCUUCCUCAUAGGGAUGCACGGAAGGAAGAUUAGAAUCACUCUUUGAUUCUCGGUAUUUUCCUUCUUUUAUAUGCGAUUUUUUUUUGGUCAGUCAUGGAAUUGAGAACCAGCGGUAGAAAGCUGUCUUUCGAUGUGCUUCGCGGAAGCAGUUCCUUUGAAGAAGACAGAUCCUUGUUGUCUGCGUCGAAGUCUGAUCCAAUUCCGAUUGGCGUCGUAGAAGCCAUAUCUCCACAUGCGAUUGAGAAGCCCAAUCGGAAAAAGAGGCGGCAUCGUGGCUCGAGGAAGAAUAAGGCAGGGUCGGCGACGGCGACGAUGACGGCACCUACGGAUUGGUCAAUUCCGGAGGAUCCGAUCACUGAAAAAUGCAUGAUCUCUAAUUCCGUCUACGACAAGCCCGAAGACUUGGGGCGACUUUCCGUGAACAGAGACAGUAGUUGUACCAAUCGAUUGGAGUUGGAACUGAAUUACCGGAGCUGUUCUGCUGGGACUGUCGUUUGUGAGGAGUUGCCUGUUCCGGAGGAGAGUAGAGGGAGCGUAUCUAUAUUGGGGCAGGCAACAGAGCUGGAUUGUCAAAAUUUGCGCAAUGAUCGGUUUAGUUUCGGUGAGUUGAGGCAAAGAGCUGUGGCUGGAGAUGAUACAUCGUCAAGGUUUGGCGAUGAGAGGAACGUGGAGACUUACGUGGAAGAAAACUCUACAGUGAAGCAAAAAAGUGAGCCAAAUGGAAAUGUGGUGCCAAGACUGGAUACUGCGAGAUCCUUGGACUGGAAGCGGCUCAUGGCCGAAGAUCCUAAUUAUAAGUUAUCUGCAGAUAAGUCACCAGUUAAAGGCUACCUGGAGGAAAUGUUUAAUGGAAACUCAUUGCGGAUUACAACCACCUUUGGCAAUGAGAAAGAACGAGAAAGAGUUUAUGAUACUAUCUUUCGCUUACCAUGGAGAUGUGAAUUGCUCAUAGAUGUCGGCUUCUUUGUCUGCCUUGAUUCAUUUCUUUCAUUGUUAACCGUUAUGCCAACAAGGAUCAUGAUAAUUCUUUGGAGGCUUUUUAACACAAGGAAGUUUGAAAGACCUUCAUCAGCAGAGUUAUCUGAUUUUGGCUGCUUUUUAAUAAUGGCAUGUGGAGUUGCUCUCUUACAAUUGACGGAUAUCAGCUUAAUUUAUCACAUGAUUCGUGGUCAAGGAACAAUCAAACUAUAUGUUGUUUACAAUGUACUGGAGAUAUUUGAUAAACUAUUUCAAAGUUUUGGUGGAGAUGUAUUGCAAACUUUAUUUAAUUCAGCAGACGGACUUGCAAACUGUCCACCGGAAAACAUGGGGUUCUGGAUUGGAAGAUUCAUUUCUGAUCAAGUUUUAGCCGUUACUGCCUCAAUUGUUCAUUCUUUUAUCUUAUUAGCUCAGGCAAUCACCUUAUCAACCUGUAUAGUGGCACAUAACAACGCCUUGCUUGCUUUGCUGGUGUCUAAUAACUUUGCAGAGAUUAAAAGCAAUGUGUUUAAGCGUUAUAGCAAAGACAAUAUUCACAGACUGGUUUACUUUGAUUCAAUCGAAAGAUUCCAUAUUUUGGCGUUUCUCUUGUUUGUUUUGGCUCAAAAUAUUUUGGAGGCGGAGGGUCCCUGGUUUGGGAGUUUUCUCUAUAACGCUCUCUUGGUUUUCAUUUGUGAAAUGCUCAUUGAUAUCAUAAAGCACUCAUUCUUAGCUAAAUUCAACGACAUAAAGCCUAUUGCAUAUUCAGAGUUUCUUGAAGACCUUUGCAAACAGGCUCUAAAUAUGCAAGGUGAAGAUGCAAAGAAAAACUUGACAUUUGUUCCCGUUGCGCCAGCUUGUGUGGUCAUACGAGUGCUGACUCCAGUAUACGCUGCCCUUCUUCCUUACGAUCCACUCCGAUGGAGGUUUCUUCUGGUUCCUCUCCUCUUCGGCGUGACCUAUGUCAUGCUCAUAAGCCUCAAGACGUUGGUUGGCAUAAGCCUCCAGAAGUAUUCAACUUGGUAUAUCAACCGAUGCCAAAAGAGGAAGCACCAUCUACAUAAUGACUAAUCAGAAGAAUGAACGGUAUUAACCUCACACCCAUUACUCAAAUUUAGUUGCUGCUGCUUUAGGUGGUCGAUCACGACAUGCGGAAACCACACGAUGUGACGCGUAAAGAUUGGCUCACCUUACUCGUGGCGUAGGUCGAAGUGGCAACCUCGAAAGCCUUUGCCACAGGUUUGUCGAGGUAUCGUUAUAUUUUUUGGCAUCAGAAUGCAGAAUGUGCAUACAAAGAAAAACGAACUUUGGCAUCAAAUUUUGUUAUUUACUACAUCACAUAGAGGUUGUGGCUUAGGGAGAUGGCAAUCAUGAGUUGCAAUCUAAUAUGUUUCUCACAAGAAAUUUAUCAGUGAAUAAGAAACAAUCCUAGAAGAGAUUUUCCAAUAUUCUGUUUUUGACCCAUUAGUAUUACUAGGGAUAAAUUCUGUAAAAAUUCAAGUUUUAUGAUUGGAUGUCUUUAGAAUAAAA